AUGCUUGAGGGCAUCCUUCAGGAAAUGGGGUCGGUUAUAGUGGCCUACUCCGGAGGGGUCGACAGCACAUUCCUGGCCGCUACUGCCCACGACGUCCUUGGAGAUCGGAGCCUGGCUGUGACGGCGUCUUCGCCCAGCAUGGCCCCUGACGACCUGGAGGAAGCCGCGGCUACAGCGAUACAGCUGGGCCUGCGUCACAGGGUGAUUGAGACGAAUGAGGUGCAGGACCCGCGCUACAUCGCCAACGACGCCCGCAGAUGCUACUUCUGCAAGCUGGAGCUUUAUACCUGGCUGCAACCCAUGGCCGCCGAGGAGGGCUACGACUGGAUAGCCAGCGGCACCAACCUGGACGACCUGAAGGACUUUCGCCCGGGUCUGAAGGCGGGCCAGGAGUACGGCAUACGCAACCCGAUGGUGGAGGCGGGGCUUACCAAGGAGGAUAUCAGGGUUCUCUCGAAGCGGCGCGGCCUGUCCACGUGGGACAAGCCAGCCCAGCCGUGCCUGUCGUCCCGCAUACCGUACGGUAUGCCGGUGUCGGUGGAGGCCCUGCAGCGAAUAGCGCAGGCCGAGGCGUGUCUGAAGGAGCUGGGGUUGCGUCAGUUCAGGGUGCGCCACCACGACUCCAUUGCACGUAUCGAGGCGGAGCCGGAGGAUAUGGCGCUGCUACUGGAGCCGGGGCUACGCGAGAAGCUGGUAUCUGAUAUGCGAGCGCUGGGCUACCUGUACGUUACACUGGACCUUGCCGGAUUCCGUACAGGCAGCCUCAACGCCGCUCUGAAGGUCAAGUCCUAG